GAGGCAGUGACUGACCCAAGGUCACCCAAUGAGCCUCAUGGCUAUGAACCAGGUCUACCUGGUCGUAGUCCAACUCCUUAACCACUACACCACACUGGAACCCAACAACAUCUGGAGGACCACAGAUUAGCCACUCCCUACUCUUUCCUAUGGACAAUUGUCACGUUUACCGUGUAGGUGACGUGUCUUGGACGUAGCCAGGAGGAAAAAAAGACUGCUAGAGUUGGUUGAAGGGAAGCUGAGAUGGCGGCGGCUGGAGGUGGAUGCGAGCCGGACGGUGGAGGCCAUGGUGGCCCAGACAGUAAUGUCCUUGGCCUGGAAAGUGAGGCUGGGCCGGAUGUGGAGAAUGAUUCGGAGGUGUUCUCGUGCGUGACUCACUGCUCCGAGCUGGCCUGGCGGCAGAACGAACAGCGGCAGUUGGGCCUCUUCUGUGACGUCACGUUGGCCUUUGGUGGCGGCGGCGGCGGCAGUAGCAACAACAACGGCGAGGAGGAGAUGGAAGCGGGCGCGGCCUUUUCCAGUACCGACCCGCCUCCGCGGGAGUUCCGCGCGCACCGCUCUGUCCUUGCAGCUGCUACCGAAUAUUUCGCUCCUCUCCUCUCGGGUGACUUCGCCGAGUCCCGGUCGGGUCGCGUGGAGCUUCGCAAAUGGAGCUCCGAGGCUGGGCCAGACCCGGAAACGGUGGAGGCCGUCAUCAGCUUCAUGUACACGGGGCGCGUCUGCAUCAGCCCUGGCAACGUCCACGAGGUUCUGGAGCUGGCCGACAGGUUUUUAUUGUUACGUUUAAAAGUGUUCUGUGGGGAAUUCCUCAAGAAGAAACUGACCCUCUCCAACUCUGUGGCCAUCCAUAGCUUAGCUCACAUGUAUUUGUUGAACCAGCUGGCUUUGAAAGCUGCUGACAUGAUCAGAAGGAACUUCUACAAAGUCAUCCAAGAUGAGGAGUUUUACACUUUGCCAUUUCACCUUAUCAGAGACUGGCUUUCAGAUUUAGAAAUCACAGUGGACUCGGAAGAGGUUCUCUUUGAGAUGGUUUUAAAGUGGGUUCAAAAAAAUCCUGAUGAAAGAGAAAAAUACUUUGGGGAACUCUUUAAACUUCUCCGUCUGUCUCAGAUGAAACCCACUUAUUUGACCCGACAUGUCAAAUCUGAAAGGCUUGUAUCCAGCGAUGAAACUUGCCUGAAACUUGUGUCAGAAGCUGUGGAAAGUCAUGCUCUCAGGGCUGAGAAUUUGCAGUUAGGUACUCUCCAACAAGUCACUUCUCCUGUAACGUGUCUGCCUCGCUUUGGACAAAACAUGGAUGUUAUCAUGGUUAUUGGUGGUGUGUCUGAGGGAGGUGACUACUUGAGUGAGUGUGUGGGGUAUUUUAUUGACGAAGAUAGGUGGGUGAAUUUACCUCACAUACACAAUCAUCUUGAUGGACAUGCUGUUGUAGUGACAGAAUCCUAUGUUUAUGUAGCAGGUUCUAUGGAGCCUGGCUUUGCUAAAACUGUGGAAAGGUACAACCCAAAUAGAAAUAUCUGGGAGCAGGUUUCCAAUCUGAUAACCAGGAAGCAUUCUUUUGGCUUUGCCGAGGUAAAGGGAAGCCUGUACAGCAUUGGUGGGCAUGGGAAUUUUAUCCCUGGCUUCAAAGAUGUAGCUGUCUACCAUCCCGAUCAAGACAAGUGGCACAACUUGGAAUCUGCACCAAAGAUACUUCGGGAUGUCAAAGUAGUAACUGUAGAUGACAGGUUUGUGUAUAUGGCUGCCCGUACCCCAGUUGAAGGGGAUAGUGAGGAAGGCUUAAGGGCUGUCAUCAUCCGAUAUGAUGUAGAUGCAAGACAGUGGCAAGAUUCUGAGUCUCUGCCACUCCUUGAUAACUAUUGCUGCUUUCAGAUGGCUGUGGCCAACACAAACUUUUAUCACACAGCCUCAUGUUGUCCCAGAAGCUACCCCCUGGAUCAUGAAGACGUCAAGAGAAAGAUCUCUGGCCAGGUGUCUGAUGACAUUCUGGAAAGCUUACCACCAGAGGUUCUUAGUAUUGAAGGGGCAGCUAUCUGCUAUUACAAAGAUGAUGUCUUCAUCAUAGGUGGAUGGAAGAACAGUGAUGACACAGAUAAACAAUACAGGAAAGAGGCUUACCGUUACUGUGCUGAGAGGAAGCGCUGGCUGCUGCUUCCUCCCAUGCCCCAGCCUCGUUGUCGUGCAACAGCCUGUCAUGUGAGAAUCCCCUUCCGGUCCUUGCAUGGUACCCAGAAAUAUCCAAUGCCACAAAACCUAAUGUGGCAGAAGGACCGGAUCCAGCAGAUGCAGGAGAUACACCGCCAUUCCUUAAGCUUGCGGAGGCUGCCGCGGUCACAGAUAGAGUGCUAACUUGAAUAAAUGGAGUUUGAAAAAGGCCUUUCUGUGUUGCCAAGCUCAGCAUGGUCCCCUAACAGUAACCUAAGCAGCUGUGUUUAAGCACUGAGGAUUUUUGAAGGAUGAAGUUUCUGGGUGUUAAAUAGUUUGCCAUGAUUGUGAGCAUCACAUGUAAACUUGAUGUAUUUUAGCCAUAAUAUGGAAGUAGGCACAGUUUUGAAACCCCUAGAGACUUUUCCCCAAGAUGGGAUGCAAAUGUAGAGCCCAACAAAAUAAUCAUUCUGGAAAUAUGUAAUGUGUUCAGGAUGUGCAGAGUUAUAGCACAGCUUCUCCCUUCCCUUUCCUGGGAGUUUCAGUACAGGCCCAUUUAUUCCAGUUAAGUGAAAGAGAAUUUCCCUGCGUAUUAGGGUCUCUCACUCCUCUUAAACCAUUUAUUCAGGCUGUGUGACAUUUUUCUUAUUUUAAAAUACUGAUAAAUCUCAUACCAUUUCAAGAUUUGCAUGUUAAGUCAGUAGUUUUAUUUGCUUUCACAAAGUUAAUUCCUUUUUUUAAAAUCUGAAUCGCUGUGAAUGUGCUUAAUUGUCUUAAACUUGGAGCCAUGUGCAAUAGUUAAAGAACAAACAAAUCCCUAUAUAUAACAAAGCACAAUCUUUCUAAGAACUUCAAAACAUUCCUAUGCUUAUAAAUAUUUUAUAGUUAUAUUUAUCUAGAAGCAUUUGAGUUUACAAAGAGGUGGCUGGUGAAAAUAGGAGAUUCCAAUAGUUGGAUGAUUUUUAGUCUUAUAUUGAAAAGUUUGCAAGUCCCUACUUUGAGGGCCUCACUAUAGUUUUUGCUGAUGUCCUUUUCUACUUUGGAGUAGUCCCAUUGAUUUCAGUACAAUGAAUAUUAUGUAUAUGGUUCAGGAUUGUGGCCUUAAAGGAAUGAGUGAAAAGACCAAAAAGAUCAGCCCUACAAAUUCAAAUUCAUAAUCUGAAGGAAUUGGGCAUUCAUUAAUGCAAGGACAAAGCUGAAUGAAUUCUGUGUACAGGUAAGUCUGAUUAGAAAAAAACCUCUCAACCUGCCUUUGACAAUCAAAUAUCUUUGCCUUUAUGAUACUCCAUUCCUUGUGCUGACUGUACUGAGUACUUGAGACUGGUUGGAGUGGAACAGUUGCCUCAAUUAUAAUUUUUAUAGUAAGGGUCCAAGUCUCUCCAGUGUCUUAAUUGUUUUUUGGCAGCAAAUGAAUUGUCACAUAGAAAAAUUCUAUACUGCUUUUGUCCCUUAAGAAAAGAGUCAUGCCAUUGCUUUCUCUAGAGUUGUUAAUUUUAUAGAAGAUGUAAUUCAUUAAACCAACUUAGAGAAGUAUUUAAGAUUUGCAACUUCACAGAAUUAUUCCUCAGGAAAGCAAACUGCACAGUAAAAGAUUCAUAAAACUCUAUGUGCUACUUUUAAGUUGGUCCAACAAAAUAUUUACCUUUGUGAAUUCUGUCCUUUUGGGAUCAAUGUGCUCCACUUUCUGCUGAUACAUUACUUGUUGUCCAAGAUAGUUUUCUCAUCUGAUUUCCCCUGGCCUCAUCACUUUUUUCCACCACCACCCUCCACUGACACCCAAAUAUAUCUUAACAGUGUUUAUCCUGCCCAUCCUUUUGGCUGCAAUAAAUUGCUUCAGGAAUUGCCACUCACAUGCUAGUUGCUUUAUUUAGCAAUAGCUGCUGGGGCUGAUUGUGCUCUUCUUCUUUUCCUCCCCUCCCUUUGGGUCAACAUGUGUGAAAGUCUAAGGUGUAGUGAUAGUAAAGGGAAAUUAGGUGAUCAAGACCUGACUCUUGUAAUCACUGGGCUCUUGUGUAAGUGGAUUACUCAGAAUACAAUUGGCCACUUCCUCCUAAUUUAUAAAAGAGUUUCUACAAAGGAUUUCUACAAACUUUACCUGGUUUCUGUCUUUCCUGCCUCUUCUGUUGUGCCCCCCCCGUAACUCAUCCAAGUUUAUAUGAUGCUUAAUUCAGAAGCAUUGAGAUGGGACAAGGAGAAAUCAAUGUGUGAGAAAUUUGCAUUGGCCAAGAUUAUUAUGAAAGCUAAAUACAGUGGUGGUGGUUUAAAUGGUAAAUAGCAGGGUCUUAAAUACUGACAAUUCUUGUUUUCCAAUUUAGCAAGAAGCCUACCUCAUGUCUGAGACAGUGGGGUAAGUCUUUGCAUGGAUGUGCACAGGUUUUCUUGACUUGCAUUUGUCCCCUAAUAAUUGCCUUUUACAAGAUAUCAAACUAACGCAGUCUUGUCAAACAAAGGAAGUCACAAACAUUUACUCACCAGGAAUAUCCACUUGCUUGCUUUAAGACAUACUGUAUAUACCAGCCAGUUAUUUAUGGAGAAAGUAGAUGCUUCAAAAGCCUUAUUGAAAAUUCAAGCUUAAGGCUGACAAAGGUGCAGGGCUCAAAACAGCCCUAUUCAGUCUAUUAGUAGAGGGGCUGAUUGAGAGAAAUUCACCGAAUCAUUAUCUGGCAUCAAUUUUGGACAUAUCUAUAUGGAAAACAAAAACUUGUUUAACUGGGAAUUUUAGUUUUUCCAAGGUCUGAAUGUUGUCAAUUUGAAAUCUCUCACAGCACCAGAAUUAAAUGGGAAAAUCAAUGAUAAUUUAAGCAGUUUAAGCUUCUUGUGCAGAUAGCCCUGUAUGUGUCUGUAAGACAACACUGUAGCCGAAAUUUCUGGCCUGUAAUGGAAAAUGGUUGAUAGUCUGCACAAAUGAAUAAAUAUAUUUUCUGUGUUUGCCGUAUCUGUGCAAUUGUUCAGUCUGGCUGGUAAACUUUGCUUUUAAAAUUAAAUCCUUAGUCACUUUGGAUGUUGUUUGUGAAUGCCAGUCACUUAAUAUACAAGUGUCUGCAUACCUUGCUUUGGGACUUCUGUUUGCAUGAAGAGUUAAGAGCACACUAGAAAGCCGUCCCAUUGUUCCACAUGUAGUGUCAAAUGUUGGGAUUUCUCAAUGUUUACUCUGGGUGAAGCUACUAACCUGCUCUGUUGUUGAGUGUCUCUUAGCCCCUGGAUAGCACAGCUCUUGUGCUGCAUGCAAAAGUCUUCUCUACUAAGUCAUGCUACUCCUUGAUAAAACAGCAGUCGCUAAUCAUUGUCACCAGGCAAAGGGAAAUCAUCAAAUGGAUCAUCCAAACUAUUUCUACUUGAGGAAGAUUGACAGCCCAAGGCUACAUUCCUAAACAUAGCUGAGAGUCCAUUGAAAUCAAUGAACAUAAGUCUGGGUAAGCAUGGUUAGGAUUGGGCUACUGGUCAUAGACAGGAGUCCUUUUCUUUGUAGCAACUUAAGAGACCUCAACAAAAUUGCAGUUGAGUUUCAGAACAGGCCAGCUGUCAAGAGACUUUGGAAACAAUAAUCUCUCUGUUAAGCUGUAAUGAUUUUUUGCUAUGACAGAUUGCAUGUUUCACACUCUGCCUUUCUCUUGUGAUGCUAGUAGAGAAGGAUAGAUCUUUCUAUGAUGCCUGAACUGAUAUUACUACUGGAGUAAUAUUGUCUGUAGUUACAUAAUCUUCCCAUUAGUAGAUUAAAACUUCUGUUUUGUGUUUGUGUAUGUAUUUCAGUGAGGUUUACCCUUUCACAGUGAAAGAAACAGUCAUGUCAACACAAUGUUUUUCGGGUAAUCUCUGCAAUAUUGCCACAAAUUACUCAUGUGUUCUUGCUGUAACCUCUUCCACAAGAGGACAAAUUAUCAAAAAUAUUAAGAUACCAGUAUUGCAAUGGGACCAAUAGUUCAUUUUUAACAGUCAACAUAAAGAGUGCUACUGGUAUGAGCACCAACCAUCUGGUAAUCUCAGAGAUUGAGAUGCUUAUGGGGAUCAAAUUAAAAUGGUGGUACGCACAUCAGUCUUUUCUGCCUUCUGCCUAAUUCUGGGACACUUGCCUUGAAGGCAUCCUAGUUAGCAGCAGUUUUGCUAAUACACCUUGCUUCCCCCUAACCCAAGUAAAGUAACAUUGAAUGUAAGCCUGAAUGUUAGUUGGUAGUCCCAAUCUUAUGGAUCAGUGAACCUCUAAAGCAACACAUGCUUUUUCCUUUUUUCCACUCAAGCCCCAAUUUGCCUUGUGUCUGCUGCUCAAUAAAUGGGGUAGCAAAAGCAUCACAGAAUGAAAUGCAGACUCCCCUACCUUUGGGCAGAAUCAUCUUGAAGCUAAAUAUGUCCCUAAAGUCUAUUUUUAAAACCUGCAAUUCAGUAUAUGUUGUACUAAGGUUCUGUAACACUAAACUCGAUCUCAAUAAACAUUUUAUUUCUCUA